AUGAAGAAGUUUGCAAAGAAGAAAAAGAAAUUGGUUAAUGCGAUGCAAGUACAGGUUGUGGAUCCGCAAUUGUUGGAUGACAUUAACAAAUCAUGUGGUCAUAAGGAUAUUGAAAAUAGAGAAGUCUGCAUACAAGUUCAAGACACACAGAAUCAAGGAGAAGAACAUUUCUCUGGUCAUAAUAAGACCAUUAUCCAGUACCAGAGAACACCACGGAAAACUACAAACUUGCCAGUUAUGGAGAAACUGCAAUGUGAAGCUUCACAUUUGAGUGAGGGAAAUGGAGGGGUUAAAAAGAUGGAUGCACCUAAUGGACGUCGUGAGCAAGAUGCUAGAAAGAAAAGGAAAAGAAAACAAUUGGUUACCAGGGAGCCGCUUCAGAAAGGGGGAAUGAGCUCGAAGAAUGCUAACACAUUAGGAAAAAAUAAAGUUGAAAUCACUCUUAAUCCUAGGCAUACUGUUCAACAGUUUAUGCAACUAAUUAAAGGUUUGGAGGGACAAGAUGAUAAGCUAAGAGCGAUAAGGGAUAUGGGAUUCGGAGGCCUCAUGCAUCUUAACUUUCCAAGGAAUGACACAAUAUUCGCGGCAAAACUUAUGAGGGAUUUUGACCCCUAUGGGAUGUGCAUACUUUUAGAUAGGAACAGAGACAUUAAGGUAUUUUAUUUUUAUUAG